UAAAUUAUAAACUAAUUAAAAAUUAGAAGAAGAAAAAAAAAAAAAAAAAAAAAACCGACGCUUCGAUUAGUUAUUAGGAGCUCUCCUUUAAAAAUUACAAGAAACAAGAAGAGGGCUGGCGAGAGGCGAGAGCUCUCUUCAUUCUGUCAACAGACGUUCAGUGAUGUGCAUGAGCGAGUUAAGUGUUAUGAAGUCCUGUUCUUCUUAUCUUGAAGAUUAGAGAGAAUAAAUCAUAGAUUUAGGUUAAACAAGUCAGAGAUGUUCUCACUUUUCUAUGGAUUUUGGAAGUAUAUGUUCAGUAAGACAGAGUUUCAUGUACUCAUUCUUGGAAUCGACAAGGCUGGGAAAACGACUUUGUUGGAGAAGUUGAAGUCUCAAUACUCAAACGUGGAAGGGCUUCCACCCGAUCGAAUUGUUCCAACCGUGGGACUCAAUAUUGGACGUAUUGAAGUGUCAAAUUCAAAGCUCGUGUUCUGGGAUCUGGGUGGUCAGCCUGGUCUUCGCUCAAUUUGGGAGAAAUAUUAUGAAGAGGCACAUGCUGUGGUAUAUGUAAUCGAUGCUGCUUGCACUUCACGAUUUGAAGACUCAAAAUCUGCACUAGAAAAAGUUCUUCGGCAUGAAGACUUACAAGGAGCGCCUCUUUUGAUAUUAGCAAACAAGCAGGAUCUUCCUGAUGCUGUAUCAGCUGAGGAACUUGCUCGAUAUCUAGAUCUUAAGAAGUUAGAUGAAAGGGUUUACAUGUUUGAAGCUGUGUCAGGUUAUGAUGGCAUGGGGAUCAAAGAAAGUUUAGAGUGGCUGAUAGAGGUAAUGGAAAGGAGCAAGAGAACUGAAAUGUUGAGAGCUCGCGCAGGUGCAGCCCCUGCUUCUGCUUAGAAGAAACUAUUCUUAAUCAUGCCUAUUUUCCUCUGAUUUUUGUAGGUCUGUAAAUAAAUCAGGGUUGACAUUAAUUUCUUUAUGUUUAAAAGUUGAUUCCAUCCACUGGUGGUUUUUGAUUGUUUCAGCUGGUUUGAAAUUCAAAUAGUGUUUGUACUAUUGUUAACACUCCUCGAAGAAGGAAAUAGAAGGGAACUGCUUCCACCGUCCUGCUCAAGCUACUAAGAAAUAUUUGUUAGUUUGCGG